AUGCCACGAGCCACGAAAAAUGAAUUCACAAAAUCAAGAAAAACCCCAAAAAAACAGAGCAAAGCAGACACAUUAUCAGCUGAAAAUUCCAAGAAGGGAUUUUUAUUCGUGAGAUUUCAAGGGCUGGGAUGUAAAGGGGCCUCGCUGCCGGCACCGACGCCGGCAAUCGGACGGCCAGGCGGUGGUGAGUGGGAAUCUAAGAGAGCAAGAAAUCAGAAUCCGAAGAGGAAAAGGGUGAAAAAUACAAGAAAUCAAGAAAAUAGUGUUGUGGUUGAUAUCCCAGAUGCUGUGUGUUGUGCUCCUCCUGGAAUUGGGAUUUCUUCUGAUUUUGCUCCAAGACCAAGAAAUAUUGGCCCAAGGUCUCAUCAAAGAAAGAUGUUAAUGUCGCAACAAUCCACAUUGUCGAGAAGAAUUUUUCACGAACACGAUCGACACCACGGCUGGAGGCUCAAUGUCGAUAACAUGUCGUAUGAGGAGCUUCUUGAGUUGAGUGAUAGGAUUGGAUAUGUGGGCAGUGGAUUGCAAGAAGAGGAGAUAUUUAGCUGCCUAAGGAAAUUCAACUCUGCUUCUAAUUCUUUGCCUAUGGCUGCUGGUCAGAAAGAUUGGAAGUGCAGCAUUUGCCAAGUGAGUUAUGCUAUAAGUGAAUUUUGA